AUGAAUGAGAAGGUAACGAAGAAGUCCGUGGGAGUAAAGAGAAAAUUAUCUGAUGGUUCUAAACCGAAGGUGUCAAUAAAAAAGCCCAAAUUGCUUCCCUCUGUUCGGUUAUCUGACCAGCCUCCAGCACGCAAACCUCAAUGGACCAAUCGAGAGCGUGUUUUGGUUAUCUCUUCCAGAGGCAUAUCUUAUGUUGGGCGUCAUCUUAUGAAGGAUUUGGCACGUAUGUUGCCACAUAGUAAAACUGACUCAAAACUUGAUGACAAAAAAGGGAUAACCACUCUUAACGAGUUGGCAGAAAUGAGCAACACUAAUAAGGUUUUAUAUUUUGAAGCUCGUAAAAAGAAAGAUUUAUACUUAUGGCUUAGUUGUGUACCAAAUGGACCAUCAGCUAAAUUUCUUGUUGAAAAUAUUCGUACAACAGCAGAAUUAAAGUUGACUGGAAAUUGUUUGAAAGGCAGUCGUCCUAUCCUAGGAUUUGAUUCAUCCUUUGAAGAGUCAAGCAAGCCUCAUGUACAAUUGUUACGUGAAUUAUUUGUACAGACAAUGGGUACACCGAAUCAUCAUCCACGUUCACAACCGUACAUUGAUAAAACAUUCACAUUUGUUAACUUCAAUGAUCGUAUAUGGUUUAGAGUGUAUCAAAUUGCUGAAGAAAGUGGGGCAUUAGUUGAAGUUGGUCCACGUUUCUCAUUGAACCCUAUCCGUAUAUUUGCUGGAAGCUUCUCCGGUGCAGUAUUAUAUUCUAAUCCAAAGUACAUUUCACCUAAUAUAAUUCGAAGUACUCUAUUGUCUAAAAAACAGAACAGGUAUAUUGAACGUACACAUGAUAAAAUGGAAUCACGUAAACGUAAAAAGGAGAUGAAGCAAAUCUUUCCAGUUGAUGAAUUAGAUGAAAUUUUUGAAUAAAUUUUGUACGACAAAGUUCGUCUUUCUCUCUCCCUGUCUCUCUUUUUUAAUAAAACGUGGAGAAUAAAGUUAUGUAGUUCGAAGUGUAUAAUCGACUACAUGAUCACCUUUAAAAGUUGAAAUUAGAGGUUCAAUAGUUAUCGCCGUUGUUUUUAUCGUGUGUGGAGCAUAAAACAAAAGAAGGGUUAUAAAUGGUGUUAUCAGACUUCUUUUUGUUAACUUAGUUACUUUGACUAAAACAAAUUCUUUUCUGAUAGUUAAAGCAAAUAGAAUCACGGAAUAUACACAUUGAGGGCUAGGUUCGCA